AUGGUUUCAACAGCUGGCACAGAAUUGGCUGCAAUUGCAACAACCAGCUUCACCGUCUCAACAACAUACAUCACAUGCCAACGUAUCACUACUCGGAAGCAGCAAAGCGAGAAUUGUAUUCCGCCACGUGCGUUGAACGCUGAAGACGUCGGCGUGGGAACCAAUGCCGCAAAUGCAAUCCAGAAUAGUCGGAUAGAGAUCUCCCGGACAUCGAGCCGCAUGAGCGUUGGCCCAGUGCAUGAUAUCCAGGCCGUCCCUGUCCCACGGCCACAAGGGGUGUAUGUAUAUACAGUAUGUAUGGGAGCACAUCUCCGCCAAUGGAUAUAGAUACAGAAGUUGAGCCGCCCUAUUCUUUCCUAGCCAAUCGGUAAUAUGGUUGGCAAUGGCUAGAUGUGGCUGGCCCGCUCGUCGGCCCGCCACGACAUCUUGUUUCUCAACUCACCUCUCUCUCCCUGUAGUUAUGGAUCUUGGGAUGUGGAACAUCGUUUUCGGGCUUUUUUUCUUUUCUUUCUUUCGCUUUGAAGCCUCCUGACGGUGUGUAAGUUACUGUGUUGUGUACGCGUGGCGAAAUACAAGCGUCAUGCAAAUGCCAUCCUAGGAGGGAAGUUCUAAUUUAUACACUAUUUAUGUAUGACAGCUCGAGCGCGAUAGCCAAAAGACGAGCCUAGAUCUUCGGCCCGUCCUUGUUUCGAUUUAGUCGUCGUCCAUUUCUCAUGAGAAUACGGGAGUGAAGUACUUCGCACAAUUUCGUUCUCGCUGAUGUUUUACCCAGCUUCCUCGCGGUUCCUAUUGUGAAUGCCGCCAUAUCAGCUUCCAAGUUUCCAGCCCUUUCUUUCCCAUUUCGCGGACUAGCGCCCAGGACGGCAUCUCAGUCUGCUGUAUAAUGAACUUUUUCACAACUAUGUAUGAUCAUAUAUGAGCUUAACGGAACGCUUGCUAAAUAAUUACUUCACCUGACAUUUUACAAAUCUUCCGCGUUGCUGGCCAUCCAAGCUCUCCUACGACCAGCCAUGUUUGACCACCACCAGCACUUCUUUCUGGUUUGCCAACAUGGGCUUUCCUCCAUGGCGUGAUGUACUCCGUACAGUACAUGUAAGAAGGAUAUGUGGGACAGUUUACAUUGCCCCUGAGUAACCCCAGCCAACAAGAUCAGACAUAUCUGGGUACUACAUUGGAAACUUUUCCAACCCGACAAGGAUCCACACUUUGACCAUUCAGAUCUGUGGAUGGUUCCUGAAUAUCCGGAAAGCAUGCGAAAGGUUUCAACAGCAGCAGGGUAGCAACGUGGCAGGCAGGGCUACCCAUCCCGGAAGGUUUGGAACAAUAUGUUCAGACUUUAAGCGUCGGAAAUCGGACAAAAAUUUAAAUCAAUUGUAGGGACUGCAGUGAAGACCGGUAAAACACGCACGCCCCGGUGUCCCUUGAGAUUCUAACGACCGACAUCCGGCGAAACUGAGUCUCCCGGUCGCGUUCGGGAAAGUGAUGAAACAUGAAAGACAUAGGGGGCUUUGCGUGAUCUAAAAAAGCAUGUUUCUCCCGCUCCCAUCCCGCGCAAUAUUAAACAUCGGGAGCCGCUGAAGCCAAUGCUGGGAGCUGUGCCUGCAUAGAGACAACGCAUUAUUCUAGAGGGAGGGAGGGCCGUCCAUCGGUUCCUUGAACAACGCAGAGGAAGCGAGCGAAGGCGGGGCCGUGCAACGCUUCGGGAUCGGACCGGACGUUUAGCAGAGUCGCAUCCGGUUGCUCGAGGGCUAAUUCCCGAUCCCUGUGGACGGGGAAUACAUAUCAUAUGGCCUAUAUCUUAUAAAAUAAUGACUUUGAUGGCCAGUGCCUGUUAAAUGGGGGGUACGAAACAUCCCUGACCCGACCCUGCGCCACGAGGAAUACCUACAUCAGGGCCAGGGCGCUGUUUUCCGCCCUCCACCCAUUGUCACUGGAGUUUGCGAUAGCUGCUCACGUAAUUACUGUUUUUCGAGCCCUUGGAGAUACUUCGAAGCAAUAUCAAUCGUAUUUUUCAUUUAAAAUUUCUCAAUCUAGGAUCAUUUUUCGUUUUGCC